AGACCGUCGGAUCCAAGUUUGGAGCUUUGAGCUGCCAGCCCUGGCCCAUCAUGUAGGUGCAGCAGAGCCUUCGUUGCCAUUGCAAAAGCGGGGGGCAAUUUUUUUUUCCAAAGCAGCCCACUUUGCAAUUCUCUUUUUGCAAGCUGUGCAAUUGCAGCUCUUCCCUCUGCAAGGAGAUCUGCAGCGGGGAAGGAGGAGAGAGAGAGAGAAAAAACUCCAGUUGCAUGAACAUUGAGUGCUUGCAGUGGGCAUCUUUGUUGCAAAAAAAACUAAGCCACCGAGGAGAGGAGGCGAAAGUCUUUUGUGCUCUCGUGCAGAGUGGAGGGGGAAAAUGUCUCAGCAGAGAGGCAGGAAGAAAAAUCCAGGGCUGAGAAUUCCUAAAGAAGCAUUUGAACAACCACAGACAAGCUCUACGCCACCUCGAGAUCUGGACUCCAAAGCUUGCAUCAAUAUUGGUGACAAGAACUUUGAAGUCAAAGCUGAUGACCUUGAGCCAAUAUCAGAACUGGGGCGUGGUGCCUAUGGAGUGGUAGAGAUGAUGCGACAUAUGCCCAGUGGGCAAAUUAUGGCAGUGAAGAGAAUCCGAGCGACAGUGAACAGCCAGGAGCAGAAGAGGCUGCUAAUGGAUCUAGAUAUUUCCAUGAGGACGGUAGACUGUCCCUUCACUGUCACUUUCUAUGGUGCCCUGUUUCGAGAGGGAGAUGUAUGGAUUUGCAUGGAACUCAUGGACACUUCACUGGACAAGUUCUACAAACAAGUCAUUGACAAAGGCUUGACGAUUCCCGAGGAUAUCCUAGGAAAAAUAGCUGUUUCCAUUGUAAAAGCAUUAGAGCACCUGCACAGUAAGCUCUCUGUAAUUCACAGAGAUGUCAAGCCCUCCAACGUAUUGAUCAAUACACUGGGACAGGUGAAGAUGUGUGAUUUUGGAAUUAGCGGUUACCUCGUUGAUUCGGUGGCCAAGACAAUGGAUGCUGGCUGUAAACCUUACAUGGCACCUGAAAGAAUCAACCCAGAACUAAACCAAAAGGGAUACAAUGUCAAAUCUGAUAUUUGGAGCCUUGGCAUCACAAUGAUCGAACUGGCAAUCUUGCGGUUUCCAUAUGACUCCUGGGGGACGCCAUUCCAGCAGCUGAAACAAGUAGUGGAAGAGCCGUCACCGCAGCUCCCGGCAAACUUCUCAGCAGAGUUUGUUGAUUUUACCUCACAGUGCUUGAAGAAGAAUUCCAAAGAAAGGCCAACAUACUCUGAGCUAAUGCAACACCGUUUCUUCACCCUGCACGAAUCCAAAGAGACAGAUGUGGCUUCUUUUGUCAAGCUCAUCCUGGGAAACUGAGAAAUGAACUUGUACAUGAUUUUCCCCUUUUAUGGACUGGUGGGUUUAGGAAGCCAGGCACAUGGCAGAGCAACAGCACAUGAGAACCAGUAGGAGAACCUGCCAUUGCCACUCAUUUUUUUUCUUUUUCUUCUUCUUCCUUUUUUUGGUAAAAUGCUACUUACCCUCCUCUUGAAGGCUUUUAAAGGAUUCUUUGAUAUCCAUAGUGGCAUAGAAUGAACUGGUUAGUGAAAUGAAUUUUAUUAAGAUUGUCAACUGUAAACAGAAAAGAAAAAUACAAACACAUUUAACAUGUUCAUCGAGGACAGUCAAAAGAGUUCUCAAACCAUCGUCUCAGCAUAUCAUACUUUGUUCCCUGCCAACCCAGAUUUGCUUUUGUUUAUGGGAAUAGGUGCUACUGUAGUUAUGAAGUUCUAUGUAGAGAUAUAUUUUGUCCUUACCAUUAUUUUAAUAUUUAUGUUAAGUGCUUGAUUUUAAUAGAAUCUCAGUUUUUUAAAGUGAGAGUUGAAUGGUGAACAAUAAUGACAGCCACAACAACUAAAGCUUACAGAUAUUAGUAUUUAUAGAGCUUUGCUGGGAAAAGGAAAAUGAGAAGGUCGUAUAGAUGUAUGUGGAAUGGUGGACAAAUUUAAAUUCAAAGAAGAGUUUGGCUUAUAUAUUAGCCUAAUAAUGUCUGUAUUACUCUUUAGGUCAGUGGUUCUCAACCUGUGGGUCCCCAGGUGUUUUGACCUACAGCUCCCAGAAAUCCCAGUCAGUUUACUAGCUGUUAGGAUUUCUGGGAGUUGAAGGCCAAAACAUCUGGGGACCCACAGGUAGAGAACCACUGGUUUAGGUGAUGCAUCGAGAUGAUAUUGCUUUUGCAAGAGCAUCAAAAUAAUGCAAAUGUGCAGUUUUUGUGGUUAUUAUUAUCUCCUUGGUUUGGCUUAUAUCUGCAUAUCACCAAUGGAUGUUGAUAUCUAGAAGGAUAAUCCCAGGGAAUCUGGUAUUAUCAGAGUGAAAAUGUUAUCUAUAUUUGUAAAGAAGUGUGCAAAAUCAUAAGAAAUAUUAGCCAUUUGACUUUUAGCCAAGUAAUGGGAACAAUUACCCCAUCAUUUAUAAUCAAAUCAUUCAUAUUGGUUAAGCCUGUUUCACUGAUGGGAAAGUCACUGGAAGAAAAUGAAACUAGAAGGAGCAUCUUGGAGAAAUGGAUUUCAAGAAAGGGGUGAAAUAAUUUAACAGGAGGGUGUCAGUUUUGAGUUCCAAAUAUUACAUUAACAGUACAGUAUACUAAUUGUAUCUUGGACAUUUGUCACAGAUACAUCUAAUAUUUGCCCUGUUCUUUUUUCCACUUUUUCCAUUUUCCAUUUUUCCAUUUUUGGAAGUCACCUAUGGAAAUCCUGCUCAUUUUGGAACAAGGUAAAAUAGUGGCAGUCUGAAAAGCAAGCAAGGAACUGGAGUCAGCAACAAGAAUGGAAACAUAAGUUGUACCCCUUGUCUUAAUUAAAAAUAUCAGCAACACAUGGGGCCAAAUCACUGACUGAUUUUCCCCACAGUGUGGUUAUAACUGCUUCUAAAUCUGCACAGGACAUACUUUGACCUCCCGUUCACUGCCUUCUUGUGUUUGAAUCUCUUGCUUUGUGACACACAGCUACUCUUCCCUGAGUGUUUUGGGUAACAAGAUUGCGUGUUUUCCUAAUGGAAUCCCCUACAGCAGUGAUUCUCAACCUGUGGGUCCCCAGGUGUUUUGGACUACAACUCCCAGAAAUCCCAGCCAAUUUACCAGCUGUUAGGAUUUCUGGGAGUUGAAGCCAAAACUUCUGGGGAUGGGACUCACAGGUUGAGAACCACUGCCCUACAGUCUUAAGAGUGUCAGAACUACUGCUGCUUGUGAAGUGUUCCCCAUUUCUGAAGGUGUGCCAUGUCCUGUUCUUCAUAAUGAAUUGGUUCUUCCAAAUUCUUAACAAGGGUACACUACCAAAGUUUGAUGUCAAAGGAAAAUACUGUUUCUGGCACCACAGAUCUUUUCCAUUGUAUUAGGACACCCUAUGUCGAUCCAAGUACACACCAUGGCAGCAGCUCCGAAAUCUGGUAAUAGUCAUAUCAGGUGAUGAUCCAGCAUCUCCAUAACAUAGCUGUUGUCAGAGGGCUUGCCACCUCACAAUCCCUACUUGUAACUCCUGUAUUGUGCAUUUAUCCACUGGAAGCCAUUAAGAACCAUCGGACUGCAGACAAAACACUAAAAUGGGUUUAUGUGACUUAGUAAUCUCCAAGGCCUCAAAUGGCUUGUAACCUGCCCCCUUUUCCCCUUUUUACUUCCCCUUUGCUUCAGCACUUACUCGCCGCCUCAAUCAUUCUGAGCCGCUUGAUUGAUUAUCUUCAGCUGCAGCUCAGGCUCAGCCAGCCGGUUUUUAGAACUAGUUCCAGCAUCAAUUCUCACUUUGAAAAACAUGACAUUUAAAACCCACUUUUUGGGUUUUCUCCAUGUGGAGCUGAUGCUUGCUGUAGAGAUUGUUUUUGCUUCUUUUCUCUUGGAAGAGCAAGCCUCAUUUGGACACCACAUCCUUUUGACCUCAGAACACCUUUAUUUGAGUUCUGUGGUAACGGACAGGCUGGAUUUAUGAGAUAGGAUCAGUGUUAAUAGCAGAUAUUAAUACUCCCAUUGGUUUCCAGGGGAAGAAGGAUGCCAGCACUGUCUGCUAUAAGUCAGUCUAGAAAUAUCACUGCUCUGUGAAACAACACUACAUGCCUCAAGCUUUAUUUUAGGAAUUCAAAUUGGGAGCCUAAGUUUCUUAAUCACUUGGGUGCUAUUAGGAUUUAUUGAGAUUAUUUUUUGUCAAUUCUGUGUUAAUAUAAUAUGUCUCUUGGCAGGAAUUUAGACUCAUUCAUACACAAUCUCAGAAUGAAGCACACUCAAGCUUUUGGUCCCUUCUCAUCAAAACUAAAACUUGUGUGUUCUUGUUUCAAAAUCCACAUACUAUAUUAAUGACCCUCCUUUAUGGAUCGUUCAUAUUGUUAUGGCACAAUCCACUUUCUUGAAUUUCUAAAGAAUGCAUUGAGAGUAAAAGGAGGAUGUAGUAAUUCAUGCAUAAUCAAGUGAUGACAGGGUUCGAAGCAAUGAGUUUAAAUUCAGGGAAAGGACACAUUUCUUCAAAUGUAUUCAUUUAAGAAACUUCUUGAUUUGCGCCUAAACAUACACCAAGAACAUAUUUUUGGAUCUUAACUUUCAGAAUUUUUCAGCCAGUCCAGCCAAUUGUUAUGCUGGCAAGGGAUUCUGGGAGUUGUAGAUUACUCCUUAGCUUCAAACUUCUGUACCUGUUGAACUGGUAAACAAAAAUAGAAGUUGAAGGUAAUGAAAGACUUAUCAAAAUCCAUAAUUUUGCUCACAAAACCAGCUCUUGACUUAUACAUGAAGUCAAUUUAUACAGGAGUAUAUAUGAUAGAUAUGUUCCUGGGCAUUACUUUUUUAACAGAAAAUUUGGUGCCACAGAAAGAAAUAACAUGAAAAGAACAGGGAUAGAAUCUUACACCCCCCCCCAAAAGCCAUUCAAACAUGGAUUCAAAACAAGCAGUAUGCAAAAAUAAACAAAAACAUUUGAAUCUUCUAGAAUCCAUUUGAAAGCUUUGUCCAAAAAAAGUAUUUAAAGGUUACAUUAUUUCACCGGCUUUCAUUUUUCUUGUGUUUUCCACUUUGGUUGCCAAGUUAUGUUUUUAACUGGAACAUAACUUUAAGGGAUUCUGGAGGUAGCUGCUUCUUACCUUGUCUGUUGUGGACAGGCACACAUGGCAAUAUUAGGCUCUGCUAAAAUAGAAUCCCUUUAUUUCCCAGUUACACUUUUAUCCAAUGUUUAUUGCAGACAUAUUUCUGCAACCAGAUGCCAAAAGUCAGUUUCUCCAGAACUCCCUAACAACCUUCAAGUGCCGAUGUUGUUUUAAAAAAAACUCAAAGCAAUGGAAAAAAGAGAGUUGGACGGAUGUAGAAAGGCUUUGUAGAAAAGAAUUUCACUGUCAUAGGUUUUGUUGACAGAGAUAUGCCUGUACUUCUUGAAGCUGUGAAGUAAACAGGGUAACUGGAGACAUGCACAAACACUGUUUUGCCUUCUGAUUUGCUGAAGCAAGACAUAAUUGUAGCAUUCUUCUCAUGCUGAUUUCUGAUUUUCACGUAUAGACCAUGAUAGUAUAGGGUUGUUGUAUGUCUUUCGGGCUGUGUGGCCAUGUUCCAGAAGCAUUCUCUCCUGACGUUUCGCCCACAUCUAUGGCGGGCAUCCUCAGAGGUUGUGAGGUACCUCACAACCUCUGAGGAUGCCCGCCAUAGAUGUGGGCGAAACGUCAGGAGAGAAUGCUUCUGGAACAUGGCCACACAGCCCGAAAGACAUACAACAACCCUGUGAUCCCGGCCAUGAAAGCCUUCGACAACACAUGAUAGUAUAACUUUUUCUUCCAUUAAAAAAGCACAGUACUUCUUAAUUACUCUGAGAUUUCUGUUCUGUAAGGGCCCUUCCAGACAGGCCCUAUAUCCCAGGAUCUGAUCUCAGGUUUUCUGUUUAUCCCAGAUUAUCUGGCAGUGUGGACUCAUAUAAUCCAGUUUAAAGCAGAAAACCUAAGAUCAGAUCCUGGAAUACAGGGCCUGUCUGGAAGGGCCCUAAGUUCUUCCAUAUACAUUGUUUAGUGGUCACACCUUGUUCUUGCCUCUAGCUGGAAAUGAGUGGGGAAAGAGCUACAUUAAUCAAGGCAACCUGUUGCAUAUUUAGUACAGGAAAAUGGAAAGUACUUUCAAGGAUUCUUGUUUUCUUGUACAUUUGAAGGGAAAUCACGGAAGAGACCUUAGAAAUGACUAUUGAACAGUUCUGUUACUAUGUGGACAAUGUUGUCUUUUUAAAAAGGGGACAUGUCUUUAAAUAUAAAAUUGAUUCCACUGCAGAAAAUAAGAACAUGAAUUACAGUAGUUUUUCUUUUUUGUUGCUAAUAUUUAUUGGCUUUUGUUCUUAAGAAUGAGGGAAUGGCUAUCCAUGUAAUACUGUUACUAAAUUGUUCUUCUGUGCCAUAAAAGCCUGCUAAACCAUU